UAUCGAUUGUUUUUUGCUUGAUUUUCUUAUGGAUUCUACUUUUGAUAUCGCUAUUUGUUAUCAUUCAUAUAUCUAUAUAUUUGGUUGCUUAUCAAGUCCUGUGGUGAAAGCUACAAACCCUAAUCUUCCAAAUUCCCCAUUGAUUGUUCAGUAACGCCGGCCUGAUGGCCCCCUUUCAAAGGUAAAACAAAGCAAAGAUGUCCAAGCUUGACGAUGGAAAAGACGAAAGAACGGACCUGAAGAAUAUUAUGAAAGAUAUUGAGCUUUUGGGUUACUCGCAUAUGACAUGGAAAGAAAAGAAGGCAUUUGAGAAUAGGAAGGUGGCUUCCCUUGGUGGUAAGAGGUUGAUUCUCGGUAGGUUUUGUGGGAGUUCUAGUGGGAACUCUGGCAGUGGUGUGAAAAGAUCCGAAGUGAAGCGUCGGCCAGAGGACAGGGUUCUGAAGUCAAGUCAAGGUGUUUUUAGAAAAGGUAUACUUGAUGUAAAGCAUUUGUUGAGUCAAAAUCCAUCCAGAGGGACUGAACCUUCCACUCGUAUGUUCAAUAAAGGAAAAAAGAAUGGAAAUGGAAAUGGCAAAGGGAAGAGUGGUGGUGGUGGUUUGGUAAUGGAGUCCAUAUUAGCAUUCGAAGAGGAGCAGAGAGAAUUUCAACAGCAGGAAAUAUCAUCAACGCUGUCCUCAUCUUCGUAUGGUCUCAAAUUGGUGCCUUGGAUGAGCUGGGAAGAAUGGCUCUUCGUCUAUGAUUCUCUCUUCUCUGAUUCCCUCCACGCAGUUUCUUCUGCUCUUAGAAAGAUAUCAACAUGGGGAAGCAGAGGUUGUCUUCCUGUUACAAUUGAAGUUACGGCUUCGAUCAUUGAAAUUCAAAUGAGAGAUCCUCAUUUUAGAAAGGACCAAACUAUCGAUGCUUCAAAUAAAAAUAGAGCAAAUCAAGGUUUUGAUGAUUCACUUUCAGACGAAAUGCUGGCUAUGCUGUAUUGCAUGGCAAUCAUGAGGCUUGUCAAUGGUGUUGUUGAGAAAACACGUAAGCAAUGUGAGGUUUCGAUUGCUGUGGCUGCUGAUGCCAUUAAUAUGCCACGUACAUUGAUUGAUAUUCGUCAUGAGGGUUCACAUCGUGAGCUUCCUGCACUUCAGAUAGUUCGUAGUGCCUCGGUUAAGGCAGUUGAUUGGUUAAAAUCUUACUAUUGGGAACCACAGAAGAAGGCUGUCCCAUUUCAAGGUGACAGUACAACUAAGAUCAGAAAAAGAAUCAAGUCUAAACUCCGUGAAUUGGCCUUCUGUUUGAAAGCUAAGGAGAGUCCUGAAUUGUCAUCUUCACCAUUACAGGGAAAACGUAACAAGAAACAGAUCACGAAUGUCGUCAAAAAUCUUGUUGGGUUGUAUUCUUCCUGUUCCUCAGAAGUUGUAUCAAUAGUGUUGGAUUUUUUGCUUAAGACUUUAAAUUCCUCACAUUCAAUGGAGCUUUUAGAAGACACCCAGGUUGGCCCCAGCAUAGAUACUUUUUUGCAUGAUUGGAAGCUUGUUAUAACAAAGUUUUCAAAUAAGCAGCCAGAAUUACUCGUUGCUCUUCUUAAUGCAGUUCUUGGUAUGAUUGAGGUCCAGGAAACCAAGAAAGAUGAAAUAGGAGGACAACUUAUAUCAUCUGACAAUAGUGCAGAGAUUCACCAAGUUGAACACCUCUCUUCUCUUUUUGCAUGGCUUGCUAGUAACCUCAAGGAAUUAAAGCACGGUCAUAAAGCUUUUAAGACUUCUUCAGCAGAUGUAAAAUCAACGGGAGAUUCAUCCUUAUCAAAUGCAGCACUGAUGCAACUAGUGCAUAAGUGUCUAGUGUUGUCAGCUUCUGGCAACAAGCAGCUCCUGGAUUCGGCCAUCCUUAUUGCCCAGUUGAUUGGAGACAACCAUCUGAUGAAGAAACUUAACAAAAUAUCCUUCCUAGUUUUGUCAAAUUCAGAAAUUAUUGAGAAUGAUGUUUCUUUAUUCAAUUCGAAGGAUCUUAUCCAGCCAGAUGAAUCCAUUUCCCAAGCUCGUGAGAAGCUUGAGUUGAUAAAACAUUGUCGGAUCAAGGUAAAAAAAGCAAAGACUACAGAUGGAGAUGUAGAAAUUUCAAGAAAAUGGAUUGUUGCAACAUCUUGGAAUCCAUGUCCGAUUGGCAUGUUGCCCAACUCUUUUGGGUCCUCUGGCUGCCUUCCUGUUCUGGACUAUAAAGAUGAUGAGAACAAGUUUCCUGAAAUGUCACAAGCAAGAGAAAAUUUGGUAUCAAACCAUUACAAUGAAACGAUACAACCUGACAUUCCACUGUUAGAUGACUUUGUUGACAAGAAGAGAAGGCGGGCAGUUGAAGAUGACUGCGUAUCUGAUGUUGAAGAUGUCUGGUCACCGCAAGGUUUUGAUGAUAAACUGUGGAUAGGGGGGCUUUGGAAGAAAUUAGUAGAUGUCUCUUUGUGGGAAGGUCACAAAUAUUAUAGCAAAGUUGAAGAGCUAGCUGCUAUGAAGUUUCGGUUCAAGGAGAUGCAACUUUAAAAUGCUGAGUUAGAUUUGGUGAUGAAAAUUACAUCAGGAUUCAGAAUCUAAGGCAGUUUUGAUAGAUAGCAAUGGGUGUUCUUCAGGGAGUUUGUCCCAUAUUUAAGAGGAGGCCAUGAUUGUUGCAUGGAUGAAGAGUUUUAGAGAUAGCGCAAGGUUUGCAUGAUGAAUUUGUUUUUGAGAAAUCCCGUGUGAAUUAAUGAAUUGUUACUUUAUGUUAGGGUGUUUGUUUUUCCGUCUUUUUAGGUAUUGGACAUUAGCCACCACAUAUUUAGACACUUCUCUACUCAAUUGCCUCAAACGAUUUAUCAUAAUAUUCGUCAUUUGAUGUGUAAUAAAAUGUUAAAUUUAUGAA